GCCCGGCAGAGAGGGCGCUGCCGCGGGGCUCCAGCCGUGAGGACAUGCCCCUGGCCCUGGGGAGGGAGUAGGCAACGGCGGGGUCGCUGGGGCGCCCCUGAGCGGGCCGCGGCCGCAGACGCUUCUCCCGGGAGUCCGGGACCUACCAGUGCUGGGGAUUCCUCCUGGGCAGGCGCUUGCCCUCUGUUUUAUGGAGCUUGUGCCUCUGAUCCAGCCCGGCAGAGGCUGUGGCAGUCUAUGGUCUGGAAGCCUGGUUCUCAGCCCCAUGGCCCAUCCCCGGCUGCAGGGAGUGGAGGCCCCCACAAGGUAGCGGUGGCCUGCUGUGGCCAUCUUCUCCCAGUGAACCAUGGGCCAGAAGCUUUCAGGGAGCCUCAAGUCAGUGGAGGUGCGAGAGCCAGCGCUGCGGCCGGCCAAGCGGGAGCUGCAGGGCACAGAGUCUGGACGGCCGGCACGGCUGGACCAGCUGCUGGACAUGCCGGUGGCCAGUCUGGCUGUGCAACUACAGCAUGCGUGGAACCCCGAGGACCGCUCGCUUAAUGUCUUCGUCAAGGACGAUGACCGGCUCACUUUCCACCGGCAUCCCGUGGCCCAGAGCACCGACGGCAUCCGUGGCAAGGUGGGCCACGCCCGUGGCCUGCACGCCUGGCAGAUCAAUUGGCCGGCGCGGCAACGUGGCACCCAUGCUGUAGUUGGCGUGGCCACAGCUCAUGCACCCCUGCACUCGGUGGGCUACACAGCACUGGUGGGCAGCGACGCUGAGUCGUGGGGCUGGGACCUGGGCCGUAGCCGCCUCUACCAUGACGGCAAGAACCAGCCUGGUGUGGCCUACCCGGCUUUCCUGGGGCCUGACGAGGCCUUCACACUGCCUGACUCGCUGCUCGUUGUGCUGGACAUGGAUGAGGGCACACUCAGCUUUGUCGUGGAUGGCCAAUACCUGGGCGUGGCCUUCCGUGGUCUCAAGGGCAAGAAGCUGUACCCAGUGGUGAGUGCCGUGUGGGGCCACUGCGAAGUCACCAUGCGCUACAUCAACGGACUUGACCCCGAGCCCCUGCCGCUGAUGGACCUGUGCCGGAGAUCCAUUCGCUCGGCCCUGGGCCGCCAGCGCCUGCGGGACAUCAGCUGCCUGCCCCUGCCGCAGUCUCUCAAAAACUACCUGCAGUACCAGUGAGCCGGGGGCGCAGAAGCGCAGCGGCGGGUGCCCCACCCCACCCCACGGCGAGGCAGUUCCUUUUCACACAGCACAUUCAGGAAGGGGUCUUCCCCCGAACCACGGCUCCCCAGGACACGCAGUUCUCGGAAAAGCCAGGAUGUGUUACCAACUUCGAAAACAAAAUGUCUGUUGCCAACCGUGUUUGCUGCCUUCAAAGGAUCCCUCCCGAGUCAGACGCCUCCUCGGAAGCCACGGAGAGCCUGCAGCCCCCGCCCGGCUGAGAUCCUGCCCCGCAGCGGGGACAGAGCAGCCAACCGUUAUUGAUCAAAGAGCCUGCUUCCUUAUUCAAGGAAAUGAAUAAAACAUUUGGGCAGGAGGCUUUCUAUUGUGUGCCCUGCUGCAGACUAAGUGGGAGGGGUGGGGAGGCAAUUGCCUCUGAAUAAUGAAUGAUGCAAGUAGCUUGAUGUUAUGCCCUCCCUGCCUCCCUCCCCUUGCCAGGGCAGAGGGAUCGUGGUGACAUUUUAGGAUUUUGGGCCCCUUUGACAGACCACUAUCCAGGGAAACUCAACAGCAGAAUUGGCAGAUGGGGAAAACUGUGUUUAGACACCUUCCAGCUUACCUCUUUGAAUGCCAUUGACUGACUUACCCCAUCCCACAUAGCCUCCUUCCCUGGCUACAGACACACAUGAGCUCUCCAGGUGCCCCCAGCCCCUCCAUUCAGGGAAAAUAAGUCUGACAGUGUAAACUUUAUUAUUAUUAUUUUAAGUAGAGUUUGCAUUUUAAAAGAGGAGUGCGGUGAGGGCAGUAUGUAGAACAAAGGUGCUAAUGAGAGAAUCGUGACACCCACGUUGGAUGAUGUCCUUAGGCUGGGGGACCUCCCUGGGGUGCCGAGUGUCUCUAGGCAACCGUCCAUUCAGGGAACAGCCUGGCUGUCACAAAGCUUUAUUUGGACGAGUUAUUUUUCCACUCUAGGAGACUUCUACAAGUCUGUUUCCUGUUUCAAAUGUGUGUGUGUGCGAUGUGCUAUUCCUUUAUCAGCUGGGGUCGCACGGGGGCAGCUUUGUAACUGGAAGGGUGGAUGUGGGAGACAUUCUCUGCGCCCCGAGCCCAGGCCUUUCCCAGGAACGCUGCUGCUGCUGCCCUCUGGCAUCUCUCGUGUGUUUCGAACACUUUCUGUCCAGACUCGUUUUUAACUGG